CACGCGUUCCCCAAAUUCUCCCACCCUACUAGAAAUCCCCAUAUCCGCGGCGGCGCCGUCCAUCGGAUUCGAUCCUCCUAGCGAGUCGACUCCAUCUGAUCGGCGGAGCCGGGGCACCAGCCACCAUGUGGGCGGCAUCGUGCCUGGCGUCGUGCUGCGCGGCGUGCGCGUGCGAGGCGUGCCGGACGGCGGUCGGCAGCAUCGGCCGCCGCUCCGCCCGCAUCGCCUACUGCGGCCUCUUCGCGCUCUCCCUCUUCGCAUCCUGGGCGCUCCGCGAGGUCGCCGCGCCCCUCCUCCAGUCGAUCCCAUGGAUUAACCACUUCCACAAGACCCCCGACCGCGAGUGGUUCGAGACCGACGCGGUGCUCAGGGUCAGCCUCGGCAACUUCCUCUUCUUCACCAUCCUCGCCGUCAUCAUGGCCGGGAUAAAGGACCAGAAGGACCCCCGUGACAAGAUCCACCACGGCGGAUGGAUGGCCAAGAUCUUCUGCUGGGUCAUCAUCGUCUUCCUCAUGUUCUUCGUGCCCAACGGGGUCGUCAGCUUCUAUGAAUCUAUAUCCAAGUUUGGCUCUGGGCUGUUCCUUCUCGUUCAGGUUGUUCUGCUGUUGGAUUUUGUGCACGGAUGGAAUGAGAACUGGGUCGCCAAGGAUGAGCAGUUCUGGUACAUGGCUCUGUUGGUUGUCUCGGUUGUCUGUUACAUUGCCACGUUCUGUUUCUCGGGUCUCCUAUUUCACUGGUUCACUCCAUCUGGACAUGACUGCGGACUCAACCUGUUUUUCAUUGUCUUCACGUUGAUUCUUGUUUUUGCGUUUGCUAUUGUUGCCCUGCACCCAAAGAUCAAUGGAAGCUUGUUGCCUGCAUCAGUUAUUGGUAUGUACUGUACAUAUCUGUGCUACAGUGGACUCUCCAGUGAGCCAAGGGAUUACGAAUGCAAUGGGCUUCACAAUCACUCAAAAGCUGUGUCAACUGGUAGCCUUACAUUGGGACUCCUUACCACGGUCCUCUCUGUGGUCUAUUCUGCUGUCCGCGCUGGCUCCUCUGCAACUGUGCUCUCGCCACCAGACUCACCACGUGGGACCGACAAGCCAUUGCUUCCCUUCAGCAAGGCAGACGAACAAGAAGAUAAGAAGGAUGUGCCGAGGCCGGUGACAUACUCCUACUCUUUCUUUCACCUCAUCUUCUCCCUGGCCAGCAUGUACUCGGCAAUGCUCUUGACUGGCUGGUCAACUUCGGUUGGUGAGAGCGGAAAGCUUGUGGAUGUUGGGUGGCCAUCUGUCUGGGUCAGGAUUGCAACCCAGUGGGCGACGGCAGGUCUGUUCAUAUGGUCGCUUGUUGCACCCGUCCUCUUUCCCGACAGGGAAUUCUAAGUUCAACCACGGUAAGCCUGGAGCAUCAAACGUGUCUACUGUGGUAGCUAAUAUAUCCUAUCAAGUAUGUUGCCUUUAAAACAUGCUCCGAGUCGGUGUUUGCCCACUGUUAUCAAGUUUGUCUACUUAAUAACAUGUGACUUUAGGCAUUGUGCCACUAUCUUAACAGUGAACGUGUGCUGCUUGUAUUGUGUAUAUACUGGAGAAUUUUAAGAAUGCUUCGUGCGAGCGUGUUGUGU